AAGGAUGCUUUGGGAGGACUCUCACUUGAUGGGUUUAUAUCACUGGUGUGUAUGAUAGAUGAUUAUAAUACUAUGGGGUGAUGAUUGAUAUUCCUGAAUGGCAGGUUAAUGGUUGAUCCACUAUUAAAAGUCAUUAAAAAUUGAGAGUUUGUAACCAUAUUGAGCAGUACAAAAUGGUGAAGAAUGUAGGUUGGUUAUACCUGAAAUUAUGUUGUAGUUCUCAUUAUAAUUGGUGUCAACCUAUUAUUAGUAGUAUUAGUAGUUUAUUACCCACUCUAUCCUAGAAAAAGAGUCCUCAUUUCCUUUCAAGUUUACAUACCACAAAAACAACAACAUUACCCAAGUGGUCAAAGACUCCCGCUCAUCACUUGGUGUGGGGGGGUUGGAUGUACGCAGCCUGAACCCUAAUCUUAGGAACAUACAAAGGCAAUGCUGCCACCAGACAUAGAUCAAAAUACAGUAUGUCAAGUUGGCAUGACCACAAGUAUCCUUCCACACAAUCUUGGAGAGCUUGUUGAUGCAAUGUCUUCCUUAAUUCAUAACCCAGAAGUAACAUUUACAUACCACAAAAACAACAUUACCCCAGUGGUCAAAGUCUCCCGCACAUGGCUAGGUGAAGGGGGGGGGGGUUGGAUGUACGCAGCGUGACCCCUAAUUUUAGGAACAUACAAAGGCAAUGCUGCCACCCGACAUAGAUAAAAAUACAAGCCAUCUUUACUCCGUGUUACAGUCCCGAAUCUGCUUCUGAAUGGUGCCUUUGGAAUUGCGGUUGGCAUGACCACAAGUAUCCUUCCACACAAUCUUGGAGAGCUUGUUGAUGCAAUGUCUUCCUUAAUUCAUAACCCAGAAAAUUUGAAUCCUAGUAGUAAACAACUUCCUCAGUCCCACUUUGUUUGUUUCAUUGUAGUUUACAUACCACAAAAACAACAACAUUACCCCAGUGGUCAAAGUCUCCCACUCAUGGCUAGGUGGGGGGUGGGGUUGGAUAUACGUAGCUUGACCCCUAAUCUUAGGAACAUACAAAGGCAAUGCUGCCACCAGACACAGAUCAAAAUACAGUAUGUCAUCUAUACAACGGCAAUGCUGCCACCAGACAUAGAUCAAAAUACAGUAUGUCACGUCUGAUAUGAUGAUUAACAGGUUGAUUUUGUCCCGAAUUUUGACAACUCACAAACAUAGCCAUCUCUAUUCCCUGCUAGAAUCCCGAAUCUUCUUCUGAAUGGCGCCUCUGGAAUUGCGGUAAUCGUUUACAUACCACAAAAACAACAUUACCCCAAUGGUCAAAUUCUCUCGCUCAUGGCUAGGUGAAGGGGGGGGGUUGGAUGUACGCAGCGUGACCCCUAAUCUUAGGAACAUACAAAGGCAAUGCUGCCACCAGACAUAGAUCAAAAUACAGUUGGCAUGACCACAAGUAUCCUUCCACACAAUCUUGGAGAGCUUGUUGAUGCAAUGUCUUCCUUAAUUCAUAACCCAGAAUUUACAUACCACAAAAACAACAUUACCCCAUUGGUCAAUGUCUCCCGCUCAUGGCUAGGUGAAGGGGGGGUUGGAUGUAUGCAGCGUGACCCCUAAUUUUAGGAACAUACAAAGGCAAUGCUGCCACCAGACAUAGAUCAAAGUAGAGUAUGUCAUCUAUAUUACAUGUUAAUUAAAAGUUUCUUACUUCUGAGUUCUGAGUUGGUCACGUCUGAUAUGAUGAUGAAAAGGUUGAUUUUGUCCCGAAUUUUGACAACUCACAAACAGAGCCAUCUCUACUCCCUGCUAGAAUCCCCAAUCUGCUCUAAAUGGUGCCUCCGGAGUUGCGGUUGGCAUGGCCACAAAUAUCCUUCCACACAAUCUUGGAGAGCUUGUUGAUGUAAUGUCUUCCUUAAUAUAUAACCCAGAAGUAACGGAACAUACAAAGGCAAUGCUGCCACCACACAUAGAUCAAAAUACAGUUGAUUUUGUCCCGAAUUUUGACAACUCACAAACAUAGCCAUCUCUACUCCCUGCUAGAAUCCCGAAUCUGCUUCUGGAUGGUGCCUCUGGAAUUGCGGUAAUCGUUUACGUACAACAAAAACAACAACAUUACCCCAGUGGUUAUAGUCUCACGCUCAUGGCUGGGUGGGUGGAGGGUUGGAUGUUCGCAGCUUGACCCCUAAUUUUAGGAACUGUUGCAUGGGAACUGAGGCUUGAAUUUCAUUUUUCCGGCCAACUUAUGUAAUAUUUUCAAUAAUUAAUUCUUUUGUCGUGUAGUUUUAAAAGUACAUUAAGGAUAUUUUAAUUGCUGGCUAAAUCCAUUGCUUAAUUUCAUCUGGGGAAGAUAUAUUGUUCAAUGUUUUCAAGUAUGGGAUGUUGAAACACGGGCAUGUCACGUUUUCGUACUAAAGCCGUGUUUGUUUUUGUGACAGGUUUUGAUAAUGCCAAACCGCCGUGAUCAAGUCAAACUUUGAAUAUACAAGGCGAAGAAGGAAGACAAGAACAAGAGCUAAAAGAAGACCAAGAACGAAGACCUUAGUCUUAGUGUCGUUGAGUCGGUCUUCAUUGUGAUCAAGACCGACCCAACCUUUACACCUUGGCUCUUUAGGCUAAAACCCUUCAUUGCAUUUCUUAAAUCAUAAAAAUGUUUUUCAAACAAGUUUAAAUCAUCAAAAACACUUGGUGUUCGCCCAAACCAAAAACCAAGUCAUCCGGCGUUCGGGUUUCAGAAACCGGCGUUCGGCUCUCGGUUAUCGGCUAUGGUUUUUGGGGUCCGAACCAACCAAGUGGUUUUCAACUUUUUAUGAUUGGUUUUCACUCUUUGGCAUGUUUAAACGGUUCUCCAACAAAAACACCUUGAAAACCAUCUUUCGCUUUUGGUCGUUUGACAAAAAUCAUUCAAAACGGCAUAAACUUGGCUAGCCGUGGUUUUCACUCAAAUGAAGUGGUUUUUAAAGUGUCUUACUUGAUUUCUUAGCCAAAUACAUCAAAUAAGUGUCUUAAACACUUGGUUUUUAUUUUGGAGAACUUUGAAUUUUUCGGUCGGGUUUCGCAUCCGUUGGCUAGGCCGUGGUUAAGGCAAAAACCAUGGGUUCUUGACUAACCACCCACCCAGCGAUGGGAAGAUCUUCCCAUCGAUGGGUAAGCGGCCCCUCAGCCAAACUAGUUUCAAGAACCAUGCCAAACAGCGAUGGGGAGUUCUACCCAUCGCUGUUAAAGCCUUGGUGCAAAAUUACCACAAGGCAGAACGACCUUGCCCAGCGAUGGGAAGCCUAUCCCAUCGAUGGGAACCCAGCGAUGGUAAGGGUAUACCAUUGAUGGGAAGGCAUGACCGUUGGUGGUCAUUAAAGGUUGAUUCUUUCCUUGUUUGGAAGUCAACCUCCCACCCAGCGAUGGGAAGCUUGUACCCAUCGAUGGGUAGGUGACCGUUGACUUCAGAACUGAAGAAAAAUUAGCUUACCAGCGAUGGUUGAAUCUAAACAUCGAUGGGAAGCCAAUAUUCUGCAGAUCCCAAAUCUUUUCAAUCCCAUAAAUCAAGCUAAUCACCCCUUUAAUGCAUUGGUACGUUGGAGCCCUCUUUGGCACUAUAAAAAGGGGUGUUUGGGUCUGCUUUUCUCACUAAUUCACUUCACAACAUCUAUACUUU